CGUGCCACAACGACUGUUGGCUUGUCAGCUGCACGAGACGCGCGGCAUCUUGUCCCAGAUAUGAAAACUGUCAGUUAACGUCAGUUGUUAGCUUCGGUUCCGUUCAAAGAGACGGUUCGCCCGGUGUUCACAGAAGAACUGGAGGCUGUCGGUACUUUUAGAGAGAGCGGCUUCAGAGCUCCGUCACGGCGGCAGCUCAGUGGCGGCUGGCGCCCUUAGUAACUCUGAAGUGAAUGGUUUCUUCACUCCAGCUACUGACUCCAAUGACUCCAGGGACUGUUUGAUUCUGGAUCUGUCGAGCAGGAAUAGGACAGGCCCAGGCAGAGAGAGAUGAGCUGGGCUGAGGAGGACUGGACUGUGGGGCUGUCUGGACGUGUCCUGCAAAAGGUGAAGGAGCUGCAGGUCCAUCAGGAGCGACUGUUCAGAGAAAACAAGCAGAAACAGCUGCAGCUUGACAACAUUCACACAAACCUUGAAAAACAAACUGUGAAGUAUGAGGAGGUCCGUGGGGAGCUCCAGAGUGUGCAGAGAGAACUCCAGAGUGUUCGCGAUGAGGCCAAGGCAGCAGUGAAAAGCACUGAGCGCCUGACCCAGGAGCUCCAGACCAAGCAGGCCCAAGUAUGCUCUUUAGAGGGCCAGCUAGAUUCCGCUCGCACCCUCAACAACAAACUCACCCAGGAUGUUAAAAGGCUGGAGGCAGAGCUAGAGAAGCUGCAGAACAGCACCAGAUUGGCAGAUACCACUCUAUUUUCUACCCCUUGCUGGAAUUCAAACUCACCCUGGGAACACAAUGGGAGCAGGAAGGAGGAGAGGUCGGGGCAUAGAGAUGAAGGACAGAGCCGAACUCUUCACGCCAGACGGCUCCAGUUCUCUGAAGUGGGCACGGCCUCGUUACCACGACAACAACACAAGAGCACACCCCACCGCCAUCCAUCUGACCAAUCGGACAUCUUCUCCACUCCUGUGGGUGUGUUUCCGUGGGAACGGGACGACUCAAGGCCAGCGGCCAGGAGACCGUCCCCCUCCUCUCCGCAGACGCCCUGCACUGAUGUCGUCAGUCCUGGCCAGUCAGAACAGAGGGUUUAUGGGAAGGAGGAGGACCGCAGGACGGAGAUAGACGCAUCUUUAUCAGAGGCGCGGCGUCGUGUGUCUGCUCUGGAGGAGGAGCUGUCUGCAAAGACCGGGACAUUGAAGUCCAUUCAGACUGAAAUGGUACAAAGCAAGAAGGAGCUCGCCGCCAGGGAGCUCAACCUUCAGAAAGCCCGCGACGAGCUCAGCAUGGCACACACACGCAUGGCCCAGGAGAGUGAACGGGCAUCAGGAGCUGAGCAAAGGCUGAAGCAGCUACAAGAGGAGCUGAAGUGUCAGAGGCAAAAUGCAGAGAGCAGCCGACUGCAACACCAGCAACGUACAAAGGAGAUGGAGAAACAACAUCAGAGGGAUUUGACAGAGCUUCAGAAGGAGAGACAGAGUCUAGAGAAGCAGCAUCAGCAGGAGGUGAAUAAGCUCAACCAGGAGCUCCAGCAGGCCAGGACACUACACAAUGCCCUGCAGGCCCAAGCUGACAAGCUGUCUCUGCAGAAGCAGGCUUUGGAAAAAGAGUUGGACACUGUGAAGGAGAAACUGAAGUGGACAGAGGGGCAGCUGCAGGAGAGCCAGAAGAAAGAAGCACAGACACAAGCCAAACUGAUGGAAGCACUGCGUGAGGCCGAGGGUGUGGCAGUGAGUCUGGAGCAGAGCAGGAAAAAAGAACGUGCUCUUGAGGAGGAGGGGAGGAGACUGGCAGAGGAGCGAGCCGACGCCCUUCGUCUUCUCAAAGAGCUGCAGGAGCAAAAAGCGGUCCCCCUACAACCUGUCCAGUUUUGCCCCGUUGGACAGAGUUUCUCCCCUCAACCCUCUUAUGCCCCUCACUCUCGACCAUCAACUCACAAUAAGAGGCCUGGCACCACCACUCCAGCAGAGCAAACAAGGGAAGAGGGCGUGGAUGUGGAAAAGAGAAGGGUAGAGAUUGCAGCAUCUUACCCCUCUGACAGAGAGCCAGGGGAAGGCAUAGACUCAGAAUACAUCCGUGGAAAAAGUAAUGAGGAGGACAAAAGUAGAAGUGAGGCGAUGGAGAGUGACAGCUCUGGGACAAACAAGCACUCGUUUGAUCAAGUACUCUCUAGCUCCUCUCGCUCUGCUGCUGGUCCUCCCACCAACACCUCCAUGGAUGGGGAUCACUGCAGUUUGACAGUUUCUGUUGAAAAGACUCCUUCUCUUGAGGCUUCUGAAGACCUAAAGAGGGAGAAUGCCACACUACGCUCAGAGCUUCAGGAUGCACGCGAAGAACUGCAGAAGCGACUUGAGGACCUGGAAGCCCAACGACGAUCUGAGGCAGAAGCCAGGACCCGCCUCAAGCAGCUCAGCCGCAAACGUGCCAGCCAGGCUGUGGAGAAGGACGAGCAGGACAAGGAAUGGAAGGCACAGCUGGAGAGUGAGAGGGCUGAGACAGAGAGGUUGAGGAAGGCCAUGGCUGCUUUGGAGACAGAGCUAAAAAGAGGAAGGCUGGAAAAAGAAAGGAAGGAGAGAGACGAGCAGGAGGACGAGAAAAACAAAGCAUUAGAAGACAGGGAGAGUGAAAUGGUAGAACUUAAUAUCCAGUUAAAGAAACAGCUAUCAGAGGUGAAAGCCCAGCUGGCUUUAGAGCAAGAGGAGAGAAAAAGAGAGGAAGAGGAGAGGAACCAAAUAACAAACACAGAUGUAGAUGAAAAGAAGGAGCUGAGCACCAAACUUGAAGAACUUAAAGCUGAAUUGGAAGAACUGAAGCGCAGCAGAGAAAAAGACUCACUGGAAGUGGAGAAACUCUCAGUUUCCAAUAGCCCUCUGACGUACUUGACUCUCCAUGAUGAUGAGCUCAACUCCAACAUCGCUCUCUGCGACAACAAGCUCCUCCCUUCACCAGAGCAGCACCUCCUCUUCUGCCAGUCCACCAACCAACGCAACAUGCUUGUAUCUCAGGCCACAGCAGAUCUUAUUCAGGAAGCACAUACAGUGAUAGAUCGUCAGCGCUCACCUCUGUCAAAUGAAGAGCAAACAGGUCAAGUGGCCUCUGACGUGGAAGACACCAGACAAAACUAUCUGGGAGGGUCUUUCUUGUCAGACGACAGAGGGUUUGCCUCUGACCUCCAGGUCGAGCCUGCCUCCUCAGAUUUGGCAAAAGAGGUGGAGCGCCUACAGAAGAAGAAUACAAAGGAGACAGAACGUGCUAACCAAUGCCAGGUUAAACUGGAGGCCCUGCAGAGCCAGGUGACACGUCAGACAAAGCAGCUAACCAUGGCCUUUGAGAAGCAGAGCCAGCACAUCUCUGGUCUUCUAGCUGAGCUGCAAGAGAAGGAGAGUGCCCUCCUCCGCCAGGGAGAGGAACUGCAGCGCUACAAGCAAGAGCUGGAUGCACUCAAGACUGAAAAAGAGGGAGAGGAGAGGAAAGGAAGAGAGGAGAUGACGUUCAGCAAGGUGGAGGAUGGAGACGAAAAAGAAGAGAUGGAGAUCUCGGGGCUUCAGGUAAACCAGGAAAAAGAGUGCGCUGUCACCAUCCUCACUACAGACUCACCGGCAGGUGUUGACCCUGAUGCACAAAGAGGUGCAGGUCAACUAAUGAUCGCGACAUCAGAUGCUGAAAGACCUAUUAGUAACAAAUCAGACAAUGAAGGACUGUGGUCAGAGGAACAGCAUGCAGCCUCUCAGGCCAAGACUCAGAGUACCAAUGACUCCUCUUAUGCGAUGUGUGAGACCGACUGCAGUCAAGAUGGAGGAACAGCAGACGUGGUUGCAGAACUGCUCGCUCUCAGACAGGAGAAUCAGCUGCUGAAACAAAGAAUAGAGGGCUUGACCGUCUCAGACUCUAGGACUGCAGCAUUACACACUGACAGCGAAAACCAAGGAGACCCAGACAAGCAAAGCCAAAACACAGGAAAUGCUCUGUCCUGCUUGGCGGAGCAGAGGUCACCCAGUGUGCCGAAUGACAUCAUCACUGACGCACGGCAGUCACUGCUGCAGGAUGUGAAAAAAAGUGAAGAUGAAGGAGGAGAUUUAGAAAGGGAAGAUGGGAGGACUUCAGGGGCUGAAGAGGAGCUGGAUGCAGGUUCUGAUCUUCAGAUCAGUCGCCUACAGCAACAGGUGGAGGAGCUGCAGAUGAGGCUACGGGCACUCUCUGCUCAGACCCAGCAGCAAGCUGAGGAGCUUGCUAUGUGGAGACUGGCCUCAAAACCAGCCCCAACAUUUGACCACUUCAUUCCCAAAACAGACAGCCAGUCUGAGACCCAGGACCAGAUCUCUGCGAUCAGACAGUCCCAGUCAAACCAGCAGCAGACCGAUGAGAUGAUCCAGAGCCAGGUUCAGGCGCCUUACCUGGGUGUUCAGGAGAGCCCUGGUAAUGUGGCUGUUGUCAGAGAAGAUGAGAUAUUCCUUUCCUGCUCCUCCAACAAACUGCAGGGCCGCAUGUUGUUCUCCAGACUGCAGCACAGCAACCUCCCUGAACCAAAGAGUCUCCAUCCCUCUAAAAAGACUGCAGUACUUCAGGAAUACAAUCAGGACACUGCCAAGACUGACGAGGAAUCUGAAAAGGAAAACCAGGAGAUCAACCUUCUGCAUCAGUCAAAUACCUGUCAGACACAACACAAAGUGAAGAGAGACACUGACGUUAUCCAAAUGUCACUGGAGAAAUCGGGUCAACUACAUGCCACCAAAGAUUCCCACAAAGUCUCGUUACCAAAGCAGACCAAAUCAGCUGAGAGUAACACGGGGAAUCAUGAGGAAUCAUGGGGAAUAUCGGCUCCUAGAGCAACCGAUAGAGUAAUCGCAACCAAUGAUCCCUUGGACAGGUGUGUCAGGACAGAAAUGAAAAGUGUCAGCAGUCAAACAGAGGAGAGUUUGUAUCCUCGCAGUGCUCCAACAGCCUCUGAACUCCACUGUGCAUACACUCAGACUGAGGAAGAGGAGGAGGAGGAGGAGGAAGAAGAGUUAGUGGAAUCCCCACCUGUCCCGGUAUCUGAGGGAGCAGAGUUAGGAGACAAAAUUUUGUUUGCGGGUUCCUUCCCCAUCCCGGCUGACCCGGCACGUCUGGCUGAAAGAAUUCGCCGUAACAGAACGCAGUUGUCGGCUGCCUUUGAUGACACAGAGUAUGAACCGUAUGGACUGCCGGAAGUCGUCAUGAAAGGUUUUGCCGACAUCCCCAGUGGUCCCUCGUGUCCCUACAUUGUGAGAAGAGGUUUGUUAGGGACAUCUGUCGUACCUGCCCCUCAGAAAGAAGAGAGUCAGGAGGAGGAGACGGAUUAAAACACAGCUGCAGAUGUGGUUGAAGGAACUGAUCACUGUGGUUUGACGAUGAACCUCAGUGAUGGACAACAGCAACCAUACAGGGACACUCCAGUCACCAGCAACCUGACCUUCAAACCAGCACAAGACCAGUUUAGAAAGUGCUUCUAUCACACAAGGACUUCUGUAUGUGUGUGCAGGUAACUGUGCCUGCACUGGCAGAAUAAACACUUCCACUGUGGAUCUAAAAUGUCUUAAUGGUCACUAGUUUAUCCUCUAAUUGCUGUGUGGAGACAUCGCUCUCCAUCACAAUGCUGUCACUUUACACCCACCUGUAUAUUUAGGUGCAGAGGUAGUGAUUUAGUGAUGUUUGUUGGUGUUUAUUUAAAGUUUACAACCACUUUUCCAAAGGGACUGUUUAGUUUUUAGUGUCUCAGCAGCAUUAAGUUAUGGGGUCCAGCUUUGACCUACUUCGAAUGAGUCAGUGCCUAGUCGAUGCUUUUCUAAACAAGUGCUCAUCAAGAUAAGUUUGACUUGUUUUCCAAAAGGGCGAAGCCGAGAACGGCCUGUUAUGAAAUGUGAUAUAUAUAUAUUUUCUUUUUAAUCCCUGAGGUGGCUUAUUUACGUACACUUGAAUGUGUUUCAGUAGAAGGCUGGUGUUUACAACUGUGUGAAAGCAUAGUGAGAGUGUGUGUGAGACGUUAGCUGUGAAUAUGGACAUGUAUGUCCUCAUCUUGACGUUACUGUUUGUGUGUGUAUGUCUGUGUGUGUGUGUGUGUGUGUGUGUGUGUGUGUGUGUGUGUGUGGGAGAGAGAGAAAGGAGUGAGCACAUGUCUAUGACUCAGUCUAACCUGCAGUUGGUUUCCGCUCCAUGUAUGGUGAUCCAAACUGCGCUCCCUCUCUCCUCCUUCUGCUGCUUUGCUUCUCUAUCUUACACUAACGAGCACUCAGUGGUUGAAUUUACCAAAAACUAAUCAUUUGAAGCUUUAUUUUAUUAUCUGAGCAUACAGAUGAAUUCAUUUGAUUUAUUAUAUUUGAUCAGAUAUAAUUUAUUUAAGUGAUGUGAGUGGUUUUGAUAGAUUUUUUUUUUUUUUUUUUUGCACAUUUGUUACUGUGCCAUAGACGACAGUAGCCCACAUGUAUGUACACUGUAGAUUUUGUAGAUACGUUUGGAGUUGAUGUACAGUUUGUAUUAUGCCGUAUAACAAGUGGAUCUCACCACUUGGCUUGUGUACAAGGUUUGACCAGAGACAAAGGAAAAGUCCACAGUUUUUCAAGUCUAUCUUAAAACUGUACUCACAUGUUCACACCUAGAUCGAAAGAGUUAAUGGUCAUUCUUUCUACCAUCUGGCCAUGGGACAUUAUGAAAAUAUCAUGUGGUUAGAACUCUUAAAAUGAUAUCAAAACAUACUGGUUUCACUUUGCAUUUUGUUAAGAAACAUAUUUUUAUUGCAUCACAAAGAGGACACACAUCUUGUUGUAGUUAACAUCCUUUUUAGUGAAGAACAAGCAGUCUUAAAACAGGCUUAUCAGCUAUUUAAAAUGGCAUCAUUUUUUUUCUCAGGCAGAAUUUUUGACCUCUUUUAUUGUUGGUUGCCCUGCAGCCUCUUUCGGUGCUGCUGGACACAAUAUUCACAAUUAUCCCUACUAUGACACUAUAUCUUCCCAUCCCUACUCCUGCACAUAUUUGCCACAAAGAAAUCCACAGUCCUCAUUCUGUGUGAAGAUAGACUGAGGUUAAGACAAGGCUAACAUGAGAGUUUAGGCCUGAUCACACCAGAAAGUGGUGCAGUUAAAUUAAUUUUGGUGUCUCAGUGAAAUAUUUGGUCUCGAAGCAUGUUGAUAUAGUGACUAUACUUGGGCUAAUUGGAGGUUGGAGCCAGUCAGUCUCAAUGGCUCUUUAAGUUUUUCUCUCUUUUCUCUAGUUUAGUUUGGAUGCUAACGGGACUUUAAGUUGACACAUUUAACUAAUAGGCGUAUUUGUACCAUUGGCUUCUGUCUCCUAGCUGUCUGCAAACCAUUCCUCAUUUGUGGAGCAGUUAAAAGUUUCUGUAUGUGACAUUCAAAGCAUUUCUAUAGCAGCAAAUCACUAAUUGCUAUGUAAAGAUUUAGUGGAGCAAUGGUCCUGAGCAGAGAAUGAAAUUAUGCUACCUCUGUGUGUGUUGUAAUCUGAGCUUUUCUGUGGCUUGUUGUAAGCCAGUCCGGCUGCAUGCACGUGUUAGGGCCCAGACACACCAAAGAGACAUCAAUGAACUAGUGGCAUCAUCUCACGUCACUGUGUCUUGGCCAAAAAGUUGGACAUAAACACUAACCAACUACGAUCUGCACCUGCGUCAGAGGAGAUAACUCCAUAGCCGCAAACAGCGGUAGUCCGUAUUUGUCACUCAAAAAGAGAAACUGGACAACUGUCAGUACGGAUUCAAAAUACUAGUUAGCCAGUUAGCACAUGAACAACACAACCUGAUAUUAUUGAAUGAAUAAAGGAUAUUUACUGUGUGCCAGUGAACAAAAAUACAAAAGGUUAGGAGACGUGUCUGAAUCGCCCAAAAAACAUGCGACAAGUGCCAACUAGUGCCAACCGUGUGAGACACAACACAGAAACUAGGGUGACAGAUGCUCACUGAUGGCUCUAUAUUGACCAACAGCUGACCGUUGGCUUGGUGUAUCAGGGCCCUUAGUGCAUGUAUGUAUCCAACUGGCUAGCUUGUCGCCAACGCUUUGCACUGCACUCAUACUGCGGUUAUCACUGAUAUCAGGACUGCACUAUUGCUGAAGUGUAGCACCCACUCUCCAUUUCCCCCUGGUUAGUAUUGUUAGCUGCUAGCUGCCAGUUUAGCCACCUCUGUGUUGAAAAUCAUUUCCAAACAAUUGAUACCCCCCUUUAAUACUCCGACACAGGAGGUUAAAUAAAAGUUGGAAGAUAGGUUAAGAAAGAAAGAAAUGCUCUCUUUGUGGACAGCAUGGAGAGGGGCAGCAAUUAAAGUUACCAUUAUUUCUUUCAAUACAGACAUUGGUAUGUGAGUAUUGUUUAAAGACAGACUUGAUGAAAUGUGAAGCUCUGUUUUAAAACCUUGCAAAGCUGUCUAUCAUUGACCUUUGAGAUUAUUCAGCGAAAGGUUACUGAUGUAUUUGUGUUAAAAGUGUGGAGUGUUUUUUGAUUUUUGUUAUAUUAAUAUUUUAUUUAGAGGUGGAGUCAUUCUCUCCCAGCCUUGGUUUGUUGACUCAGGCAGAACAGUGCGGACUGUUACUGACUCGAUGUCAUCGCCAUUCAUUUGCCAUGUUGAUACCCUCACACACGCACACAUACAUACACACUUUGAGCUGCCUUCAUAUCUCUGGGAUCUGUAGUCUUUUGGCAGUGAGGCGGGAUUGUCGCACUCACUGUGUAUUCGUUGCCUUGUUUUGGACACUUUGAUGUGAAUGUAUCUGUGUUGUGAUUGCGGCUAGAAUAAAAAGCUUGCUCUUAAUUUAA